UCCCGCCCGCCCCUCCGGCCGCCUCUGCCGCCGCGCGCCGCAGCAGCGCCGCCUUCCCUGCGCAGUCGGUGUCUCGGCGUCGCUGGGUGGGACUUGGCUCUGCCACCAUGGGCAAGCAAAACAGCAAGCUGCGGCCGGAGAUGCUACAGGACCUGCGGGAGAACACAGAGUUCUCAGAGCUGGAGCUGCAGGAGUGGUACAAGGGCUUCCUCAAGGACUGCCCCACUGGCAUCCUUAAUGUAGAUGAGUUCAAGAAGAUCUAUGCCAACUUCUUCCCCUAUGGCGACGCCUCCAAGUUCGCCGAGCAUGUCUUCCGCACCUUUGACACCAACAGCGAUGGUACCAUUGACUUCCGGGAGUUCAUCAUCGCCCUGAGCGUGACUUCCCGUGGCCGCCUGGAGCAGAAGCUCAUGUGGGCCUUCAGCAUGUAUGACCUGGAUGGCAAUGGCUAUAUCAGCCGAGAGGAGAUGCUCGAGAUUGUACAGGCCAUUUACAAGAUGGUUUCGUCCGUGAUGAAGAUGCCCGAGGACGAAUCGACCCCGGAAAAGAGAACUGAGAAAAUCUUCCGCCAAAUGGACACAAACAAUGACGGCAAGCUGUCCCUGGAAGAGUUCAUCCGCGGGGCCAAGAGCGACCCGUCGAUCGUGCGCCUGCUGCAGUGCGACCCGAGCAGCGCCUCCCAGUUCUGAGCACGCAGGAGCCAGCGCCUGCCUCCCUGCCUUCACCGGCCUCCCGGCUCUCAGCUUCCUCUCCCUCGUGUCUAUCCAGGCUGGGGGCCAGACUGGGGACCCCCAUCCCGGGUCUGUACCGUUGGGGGCUCUGGAGAAGCGAACCCUGCAAGGAAGGGACUAAGCAAAACAGCCGUUAGCAUCCCACAGUCCUAGAGGCAGAUUCUCCUGCAGGCAACGGUUACCGAGGCUCUGGCUUGGUCUGUCCGGAUUCUGCCCCCUUUACUCAGACAUCUGGAUCACCUUCCACCCACCCACAUCCCUGAGACCCCUCCUCAACAGGAGGGAGGUUCCCCUUGGGUGGUCCUCAGUGUGGGGGUAGUGGGGAGCCUUGCGCAGGUGAGGAGUCUUUGCCUGAAGGGGCGAUGAGGAGGAUUCUGGGCUGUGGGGCUUUGAGGAAGGGGUUCCUUGAGCUACUUCCCUGCAGAGGAGCCCCAACCCUUCCACUCCAGCUCUUGCUGGCUAGAGGCCAUAACACAAAUGGAAGGCCUCCCAGGAUUCCAGCUGGGGGUCCCCAUACCCUGCCUGCUUUUUAGAACCCUUCCAGCCACACAGACCACAAAUCUACCCCCCUGUAUUCUGUAUUUUGCCCCGCUCCCACACACAGGCCCACAGGCACACGGGCAGAGCCCCUCCACAACAUUAUGUGUGGAAAGACGUGCAGGCCCCUGGCCGAGCCCCAUCCCCCUCUGCAUGCAGCCACGGAGCAUCUCUGUUCUUUUUAAUAACUUCAGAAUAAAGUCUCGUUUCAGUGCA